CUCAGUCCUUUCUGCUGCAGUGGAGGACUAAACACACGCACACACUCAUACACACCAUACACCAGUCCCCUCUCCUAUCCAGUCCUCCGCUUCACACACAUACCAGAGGGAGUGAAAAAAGGGGGAAUACGCAAAAAAAAGGAAACCCAACCGGUAGAGGAGCAGGGAAGAUUUGUUCCCCACAUGGGACUGGAUUUGGCUCAUUUCUACAUCUGUGUGUCCUCCUCCUGUGUUUCGCUGUCAUGAUGAGAAGAAGCAUGUGUGUGUACCAAUGACUCCGACACACGCACGGAUUCUCAGACCCCCCAUCUACCCCUUGGUCACCUUCCCGACACUUCAAUGAGGACAGAAACCUGCCUCGAACUGGGAACAUGAAGGGCUUAUCGGGCAGCCGUGGCCAGCAUCAUCAGCUCCCCUUGCCUCACACCCCGUGUGGCCUGGUGGAGUUUGAUCGACCUCAUGACAUUCAUGGCGUUCACUCGUCUGACAUCCGUCACACGUACCUGCUCAGCCCCACAGACAGCUGUGCCAUGGACUACCAGCACCACCAGCGCUACUCUCCUCGUAGCUCCAUUCACUCCGAUUGCAUGAUGCUUUCACCAACAGUGCUGCAACCCACUGGCACUGCCGACCACAUAUCCAGCAGCACAUUUCCCAGAAUGCACUACGGUUCCCAGUACUAUGACUCAGCCUCCCGAGACGACUGUGCAACCAUCACCACGUCGGCCACUUCUGCUGCUGCUGCCUCAUCAUUUGCCUCUCAUCAUGCUGUUAGCAAGAGCAAUCGCAUCCCCGCCAACCUCCUGGAUCAGUUUGAGAAGCAGCUUCCAGUGCACCGCGAUGGUUUCCACACAUUGCAGUACCAGCGUGCUUCCGCUUCCGAGCAGCGCAGCGAGAGCCCUGGACGUAUUCGCCACCUGGUGCACUCUGUCCAGAAACUCUUCACCAAAUCCCACUCCCUGGAGGGCUCAUCCAAGAUGAAUGGUGCUAAAGGGGAGGGUGGUGCCCAUCACCACCACAGUGGCCACCACUCAUCCAAACAUGGAAUCAAACACAGCAAGAGCAAGGAACGCAAGCAUCGCUCAGGCAGCUGGUGGAGCUCUGAUGAUAACCUGGACAGCGAUGGCACUUUCCGCGCUCCUGGCGGUAUGAGCCGGCAUCAUGCAGGCCAUUGUGUCUCUGAAUCUGUACGCCCUCACUUUGGUGACCACUCCCUCAAAACCUCCAAGAGCAGCAAUGAUGUAAAGUGUUCAGCUUGUGAGAGCCUUGCUAUGCCUCCAGAAGGAAAGUUCAUGAAAAGGAGCUCCUGGUCCACGCUCACUGUUAGCCAGGCCAAAGAAGCAUACCGAAAGUCCUCCCUCAACCUGGACAAACCCACAGUCCAUCAGGAUCUAAAGUCCUCGCUACGUGCCAGUCACUAUCUGCAGGUUAGAAAGAUAUUUCAGCAAACUGGACAACACGCUUUACUGAGCCAAUGCCUUUCUACAGCCAAAGUGCCUCAGGAUGAGUGGAGUGGUUAUCCGGGAAUCGAGAAGGAUGAGGAGAUCCCAUGUCGGCGAAUGCGCAGCAGCAGUUACGUGAAAGCCAUGGGGGAUGAUGAGAGUGGUGACUCAGACACCAGUCCCAAAACGUCACCUCAAAAAUCUGUCCGUCCAGAUGCCCUCGUUCUUAAAUCCUCCAUUCACAGACCUCAUAUAGACAGCCAAAGCCAAGGCUACCACUUGCAAACAUCGAGAGAUUUGCGCCCCCAUCCCGGUGUGUCUCUGGACCCAGCGACCUCCUACCACCCUCCUCAAUACCGUUCUCGCAACCAGAGCUACAUGCGUGCGGUCAGCACCCUCAGUCAGGCAAGCUGCCUCAGCCAGGUGAGUGAGACUGAGGUCAAUGGCCAGUAUGAGUCAGUUUGCGAGUCCGUUUUUAGUGAAGUAGAGUCCCAGGCCAUGGAGGCCCUGGACCUUCCUGGCACUUUCCGCACUCGAAGCCACAGUUACCUGCGUGCUAUUCAGGCUGGGUAUUCCCAAGAUGACGACUGCUUGCCUUCAAUGACAUCCUCCACUGUCACUUCAACUCUCAGAUCCACAACAGGGAUCCAGUUUCGCCUGCCUACUGCCUGUAAUGUUGAACGAACGCAGGAACCAACGCCAGAACCAGCAGUGACGUUCACUCCGAGCUAUAAGAAAACACCUCCUCCGGUUCCUCCACGCAGCAUAACAAAGCCGCUGAUCUCGGUCACCGCUCAGAGCAGCACAGAGUCCAUGCAGGAUGCAUAUCACGAAGGCCGUUUACCCCGCUUGCCCCGCAGCAGAGAUGCCUGGGGGAAAUAUGUCUCCACAGAGAGUUUGGACAGCGCCAAGGCACUCACUCUGGCCACAGAGGGCAGAAGGCUGGUAUCCACAGGCAGCUAUACAUCAGUGCAGACCUGUGAUAAGGCCAUUCUUGUGUCAAAAGCAGAGGAAUACCUAAAAACACCACGUUCAUCUGUAGGAAUACAGGUGGAAGCAGUCACAGACUCAGAAGCAGAGAGUAAAGUUCUGCCACAGUAUCAGUCAGUGGGCAUCCAGGUGGAGGGCGAGAAACGUCAUGGGCGUUUUAAGCGCUCGAACAGCGUGACAGCAGCAGUGCAGGCUGAUGUGGAGCAUGAGCUUUUCCGAUCAGUGGAGGAUAAGGUAGUACAGUUUGGCGGCUUUCAGAGGCACUCAGAGCCAAGCUCUCCUGCGCAAUACAGCGCCACACGCACUGUGCGCACACAGGGCAUCUUCACCUACCGAGAUGAUUACAGAGCCCAAAGCGGACCACCGAGUCCACGGGCUGCAGCCUGGGUUGAAGAAACAGAAGAAACAGAAACAGGCCAGGUGUCACCAGUGCGUGCUGAUGGCAGCUGGUACAUGCAGCUUCUGCACAAUGAGACCAAGCGCAUGGAGGCCUGGUGUAAAGAGAUGGAGCGUGAGGCUGAGGAGCAUGAGCUGUCUGAAGAGAUUUUAGGAAAGAUCCGGAGUGCUGUUGGAAGUGCACAACUCCUCAUGUCACAGAAAUUUCAGCAGUUUUACUGGCUUUGUGAGCAAAACCUGGACCCGAGCGCAAUGCCCCGACCCACGGCUCAGGAUCUGGCUGGAUUCUGGGAUCUGCUGCAGCUCUCUGUAGAUGACGUCACAGCCAAGUUUGAUGAGUUGCAGAAGAUGAAGAGAAAUGAGUGGAGAACUGUGGAGGAACCGGAAGAGAAGGAGAGAAAGUGGCCUCCUCCAACGGCGAAAAGGCCGCCUAAAGGACGUGGCCCUGGAUUGACACGUGACCGGUCUCUGGAUCUGCAGGACCGACAGAGGCAGGAGGCUCGCCGCAGGCUAAUGGCCGCCAAACGAGCUGCAUCAUUUCGCCAAAGCUCAGUCUCGGAGAGGGCGGAUAGUAUAGAGAUUUAUAUACCAGAAGCCCAGACGCGACUAUGAAAUGCACGAUUACUCAUCCUGUCACCUGCACGUGCUGCUAUUACACACCCUGUUUACACAGGUUCAUUCCCAAGCACCCUUAAUUACUCUUAAACACAUUCCUGAGCUCUCUAAGUGCACAUGUGUAAUCUUGAAAAUGUUUCUCCACUAAUCUGAGAGUCUUCUUCAAUAUAUAAGUGCUCUGGUUUUCUCUGAAACUGUCUGUGUUCUCUGUAUAGUGCACUACUUUGGAAGUGCGCUAUUUUGUAGUUAUGUCUGAAUGCACAGAGGAGAAAAUCAACUGCAUUCCCACAUGUACUGCAAUAGAAAGUGUCUAAUUAUUAAUUAUUCCAAUAUUAAGUAUCUGCCUUUAGAUACUGGUCUACUAGUCAUAUUUUCCACAUGCAAAGUCAUAAAAAGUCUAUGUUUUCAAGUGCUAUCGAUCACUAGCUAGUUGCCUAUUCUAAAUGUGUUUUUAAAGAGCUCUUUUCAUUAUUUAAAAGUAAUGAAAAAGGUGGUUAAAGAGAUAUUUAUGGCUAGUUAAAUUACUACUAAAGUACAGUACAUUCAGAAAAGAUUCAAACCCCUUCAUUUUUAUGUUGCAGCCUUAUGCCAGAAUGCUUUCAAUGAUUUUUCCUACAUCAUUAUAUACUCCAUACCCUAUAAUAAAUAACACAAAAACAGAUUUGUGCUAAUUUUGCAAAUUUAUUAAAAAGAAAUUACUGAAAUAUCACAGUGACAUGUAUUCAGACCCUUGGCAAUGACAGUAUCUCAUCCCAUUUCUCUGGAUGAUUUUUAGAUGGUUCUACACAUUGGUUCGAGUCCUGCUGUGGCAAGUUUAUCAUAUUGGACAUGAUUUGGAAAGGCACACCUGUCUUUAUAAGGUCUAACAGCUGAAAAUGCAUAUCAGAGCAAAAAAGAAGCCAAGGAACUGCCUGCAGAGCUCAGAGGUAGGAACGUACGAGAGAUGACCAAGAACUUGAUAGUCAUUCCGCCAGAGAUCAUGUGUGGAGAUGGUAGAAACUUGCAGAAGAUCUUCCAUCACUGCAACUUCACCAAUCUGAACCAGAUUGGCCAGACAGAAGCCUCUCCUCACUGCAAGACACAUUAUAGCCUGCUUAGAAUUAGCAAAAAAGCAACUAAAGACCAUUAGUCUGUGAGAAACAAUAUUCUCUGGUUUGUUUUGCCUCAGUUCCAAACAUCAUGUCUGGAGGAAACCAGGCACCACUCAUCAACUGUGCAAUACCAUCCCAGUGGUGAAGCAUGGUGGUGGUAGCAUCAUGUUGUGGGAGUCUUUUUCAGUGGCAGGGCCUGGGGCAUUGGUCACUGUGCACUGAGGUUCCAGUGCACUGAGGACCUCUGACUAGGCUUAAGGUUCACAUUCCAACUGGACAAUGACCCUAAGCACACAGCCAAGACAGUGGCUAAGAGACAACUCUGUUAGUAACCCAACCAGAGCCUGGACUCUCUAGAGGGAUCUGAAAAUACCUGUCCACAGACAGACCCCAUCCAAUCUGACUGAGCUUGAGAAGAUCUGCAGAGAAGUGAGUUAGCUGUGAUAACAAAGCUGUGAAGCAAAGUCUCUUCAACUAAGUGAUGAGUAAAGGGUCUGAAGACUUAUGUCAAUGUGAUAGUUUAGUUUUUUCUUUUUAAUGAAUAGAUUACAAAACUAUUUUGUUUUCUGUUUCAUUAUAGUAUAUAGAGUCUAGUCUGAAGUGUUUGUGGAAUGGGAAACAUAUUUUUAAGAAUUUUAGCAUAUGGCUGAAACAAAAAAAGGUGAAAAAAUUAAGGGGUGUGAAUACUUUCUGAAUGCACUGUAUGUUGUUUUUUGAAAAUCGGUAUAAAAAUGAGCUUCCAGUUGCAACUGGCACUUGAGGCGAGUCUUGUGCUGUUUUAUGAUGAAUUCUGAAUGCAAAAAAAGCUAUUAUAUAAUUGAAUACUGCUAUAACACUAUACUUAUAAUCUGUUUAUAUACAAUACUGUAAAUGGUGCUGCACCGCUAUUUUUGUAAAUCCAGAGGUCACUUCCUGCACUUAAAGCUGCAAUCACACAGCACUAGAGUUCACCAGGAAGUGGUCUAAGAUCACAUCCUUCAAAUAAUUUCUGUUCACACCAGGGAUCAAUAGAAAGGGAAUAAACACUGCAUAUGUACAUGUAAGUGUCCUUAUCCUGUUUAGUGAAGGUACUAGCAAACAAAAGUUGAUCUCUACAGUGAUUCAUGGUAAGUGUCUUCAAUCAACAUGACCCUGCAUUAGUUCAGUUUUUAUUUAAAAAACAAUGAAAUGCAAUGAAGUUAAAGUGUUCUUAUUAACACUAUUAACAGAUAUUGCCUCUAAGGACACAAUUUGUCCGCUGUGAUAUUGCAACUGAAUUCCCAGGUGCAUUAAAAUAAACUGUAAAAAGUCUCAUAGGAGUAAAAGCAGAGAAUGGGCAUGAAUCAGUGUGGAAGAAUAUAAUGUCUUUUAUAUACUGUAUAUAACAUUGGAGUACUAGAACUGAAGGAGCUCCUCAGUCGAGUGGAGAAAUGUCUUCAAGAUUAUAAUACAACUCGAGUUGCUUUGACUCAUAACAUUUCAAACCGUCCUGGAUGACUGAGAACCUGCAAACCAUUGCAAAAAAAAUAAAAAUAAAUAAACGCAGAAUGGCAGCCCCUCGUAGAUUCAACUUUUAGAUGAAUCAAAGUUGGUCAUGGACUGAUAAGCAUAAAAGCUCAGUUUGUGCUUUCUAAGACAUACAGGGUGAGAAAUCUUACUAACCUCAUCUGCAGUGUGUGUGUCUACAGCUAAAGCAGCAGUUCAGCUUAUGGACAUGGUAAAGAAUGUAACGUUGGGAAAAAAAAAAUGGCACUUGUUUUGUUGGACAGCUGAGAGAGGUAACCUUUUACAUGAAUCAUCUCAAUUUGAAACAAUGCUCUAUUUAUCCUUUUACAAACUCUACAUACUAAAUAAAAAGAGAAUAUAUUCAGAUUUUAUAUUAUAUUAUAGUAUAGUAUAUUACACAAUGCAUUUUUUGCACCUCAAAUGAAUCCUGUUUGUAUUUCCAAGGGAAAUGUUGUUGACACUCACACGAUUAAUGUUGCAGUUGAAUUGCAAACAGAAGGAUGCGGCUUUACGGAUUCAUGCUGACGGACAUAAAAACCCCUGCAGACAUACAUAUACAAGGAUGAAAAUGAUGUGAAACAAGAUUUUGUUUUCAUUUGCAUUAUGUGCAAUGCUCCUCUUCCUCAAGGUCUUACCAUUUCUGAUGUAGUCUAAUGGACAUACAGGUACAAAGAGACACUUGAAUAAUAUUCAACUAAUGUCUAUGGUGCUGCUUUAUACUCUGAAAUAAAUUUCCUCACCCGGCCCUUAUAAUCUGCACAACACCAUCAUCAAGCUACGGAGUUUUUAAUAGAGAUCUUGACAUGCUUCUGAUUAAGCAUGUUUGGUGCAAACACGCGUGCUGAGCCCUCUGUCGCCUUUAACAAAAAUAAAACAAAAAGAAAGACACCCUGGAAAUGGGUAAAAAAAAAAAGACUUAUAAGCAUAUGAUCUUAAAUUUUUAAGGGCAUUCAUGACCAGGUAUGUGCCGAUAACUGUGCACAGGGUGGUUACUUUGUAUUUCCCUAAAAAAGGAGUCAGCUAGUUUACUUCCAGGCUAUAGCAAUGUUGCUAUAGCAGCCAUUACCAUAUAUUUUCAUUAGUUCUAAACUAUUCAAAGUUCAAUUGCAUGAUCAUAUCCAUGUCAUGAGACAUGAAGCUAUAAAACUGAGCAUUAUGUCUCUCUUCAUCUUUGAUAGGUGCUAUGAGGAAACAUUUAGCAAUCAAGCUAAUCAAUGUUAGCUAGGUAGCUAGCUAGCUGGGGUAACUAGCUAAGUGGCACUGUGGUGAAUACAUACUACGAAUGCUAGCUAUCAUCUAACAUUGGAAUAUAACAUUUAAAAAAACAUUUCAGCUGAAAACUAGUUUUAAGUCAUGUUUUGCAGUACUGCGUCUCUUUCUGCGUUGUUGCUGCAUUUAGAUCCAUGGUUAACGAAACCUCCAAUGCUUACUGGAUGAAUCUGUGGAUGAAUAUUUAAAUGAUAAAUAUCUGGCAACUUUUGUAAGCGGAAGAGUGUAAAAUGGCACCUUCUUUAACAGGGUGACAGCUGAUUGGAAGUUAAAGUACUGGCUCACACAUAUGCAGAAAUGUUUCACACAUAUAACCAAUUGGUUGUAUGAUAUAUCGCAAUAUUUAACAAGCACAAUAUUAUAACCGUGUAUGCUUUAAAAAUAUUGCCGCUCUCCCUGUGGUCCGUUCAGGAACAGGCUGCCCAAGUAGGCGGGAAUGAAGACUAUACAUCGUAUUUAUGCAUAUCUAGGCAUCAUAUGUAUUUGCUUCUUCAUGAGGGCAGUACUGUCAAAUCUAUCAUGACAAUACAGUGUUACGAUAUGACUAUAAACUAUUACAGAAUGCAAGGGAACUAUUAAACAGAACCAUAUCCGCCCAUGCCUCGUCAUGACGUCCCUACAUACUUGACUGCUGACUAAGGCCAAGUUCACACAGACAUUUUGGUAAAAAUCAGCAUUUAAUUGUGUUGCUGGUUUACUAAAGACAUGGUUGUUGGAGGAGAUCCAUGAUUUUCCCCCACAUGAGACUGGUGACGCUUUCAAACAGCGAACACUCCAGAGUCGACCUGAAAUAAGUGUCCAUGGAUACAAAAAUGUCCCUGUGAGCACAGCCUAAUUCAUGCAUUCAAAAUAUAUGAUGUUAAAAUGUUUUUUUUCCCCCUCAUUCUCUCAUAUCAAUAUAUCAGUUAUCAGUAUUUGAUAUGGAAAUUUCCUGGAAUUGUUGUAUGCUGCUGACUAAUUCAUGCACUGAAGACGAAUGAUGGUAAAGAACGUUUACAUGUUUUGUUUUGUUGUUUUUUUUUGCUUCUUUUAUGUGUUUUUUUUUAAUAGAAUAUUUUUUAAGUUAAAUCAGAUUUUUUGCAUAUUAGCAUAUUAGUCAGCAAGCUGUUGUUCAUCACACGCAUUAAUAUUUAUAUCUCAUUCUUACCCCCAGUAUAUUGAAUCUGUAUUAAGGGUGCAGUGGAAGUAAAUACCCCCAUUUUUGGCAAAUUUGAGGCUUCUGCUUUAUUGAAUCACUUUGUGAAUGUGGUGGCCACAAAACUAUUUUGACUUUUUUUUGCACAUGUCGAAGCUCUCACUGAGUAAUAUUAUCUGAGAAAGGAACAUAAAUCCUCACACUCAAACUAAUUAUAGACAGUAUUUACAAUUAAAUGCCUCAGAAGAGAGAAAUUAGAAAGACACUGGUAAAUGAUAUUUAAAAAUAUUUAUUGACAUUCAUUUAUUCACUCAUUCUAUUUUAAAGCAUCAGUAUGUAACUUCACUGUUAUUAUUAUUAUUAUUAUUAUUAUUAUUAUUAUUAUUAUUAUUAUUAUUAUUAUGUGGUUCUGAUUUCUUGCUGUGAGUGGCCUGGAAAACCUAAUUCAAAGUGACAGCUUGCUCAAAACUUUCACUUUCUUACAUCAACAAGGCUCAACCUUUAGGUCUAGAAACAUAUGAAUGUCAAUGGAUUAUAUGCAAGUUUCUUUCAGUUAUAUGGGUUUUUUUAAAUUAAUUUAUUUUUUUAUCAGAGCUGUCCAAUACCCCCAAAUUACAUACUUCCGCUUUAAUUGCUCAAUUAAUUGAGCUUGAUUUAAAUGAUUCUAUUUUGAUACUGGCUGAAUUAAUUACACUUGAAUAAGUUCAGCUGCAUGUCAGAUUAAAUAAUAACCACACUAUUUCCAGGUUCUUGCUUUGUUCCUGGCAAUUUAUCAUAAAGAACAAUUCAUGAAUUUAUUCAUUUACAAAUUUCUGUAUAUGCUGAUGACAUAAUUAUGGUUUGUGUUUGUAUUACAUUCAUUUUAACUUCAUAUCCAAAGUGUAUACAUCUGUGAGGCCCCCAAAGUGACAUUUUGAGGUUGAUAAACGUCUCAUAAGCCUCUAAUGAGCCUUUUGUUGAUGCUUGCAUCAGUGCACAGUAAACAACUUCUUACUCAAAACUCCCUGAGAUAUUGACCAGUUACAACAGAUGAGGUGUGAGUAGAGCGCUUGCUUCAAAUGUGUCACUGUUUUUUUUAUUCAGUUUAGUAUUAUGCAAAUUGUACACCAAUAUCAUCAGACUUGCCUCAACUUGUAUCAAGUUUAGUUUAGGAUAUCAGACAGAAUUUGUUUUAUACAUUAACUUUAAAUGACAGUAAUCAAGAAAAAAAGGAACACAUCAUGAACGAAAGGACAUAAUACAGUUUUCAACUUUAAUAGCAGCCAUUUAGAAAUGGUAGGUUACAUACAGCAGAGGACCAUCAGGCCAGUUUACCUUCUAACUAGUGGAGUUCCUAUCCCAGUGCCAACAACUCACUUUAUUCCUGCUGCAGGUUCCUAAACAUGUAGAAGUAAUUCGGGCAAGCCUAUGUAUGUCCUAAUUAUUGCAGUUAUUACCAUUAACAAUUUUAUACAAACGUUUACAAGGAAAUUUGUGUGCAUCUCAGUAUCUGGAAGACUUUUUUUUCUGCUCCUCAACAAAAUGAGAGAGGAAAAGUGGACAAGUCUGACCACAUGAGGUGACGAUGGCAAUUAGCACUCGGAAAGGAAAUGAUCACACAGGAAAACUACUAGUUCCAGUAGGAAACUGGUCUGCUGCUCUUGACCACUCGGAAGUAGAAGUGGAAUCACUUUAUUUUAUAGUUCCAGGCAGAGAGGUGACCCAAAGUUUGAAGAUAAUAAAAGAAACCUUAGACACUACAGAUUCAUUACAACUGGUUUAAUUCCAUUUUAAGGUAUAGCUGGUUUAGGUGCUGUUAUCUACAUAUGCUGCAUUAUGGUGCAUAAUAAUGAGAUUUUCACUAGUGAACACUGAAAAGCUCUAACUGGUGCUUAGUCUGUCAUACUGAUAUAUUUGAUUUGUAUUUCAUUUACUAGUUGUAGUAUUUUAACCCCUUUUAACUUACAGUAGUAAAUUGACGCUAAUUAGCCUGCUAUAUAUCAAUUGCUGAAAUUUUAAACUAGCUCUCUGAAUCCAAUCUCACCCACCCAAGAGAAAAUGAAAUCAUCUCAGUAUAUCACUUACCUGUUUGCAGGCAGGAACAUGCAUUACAGUUAUUUGGCAAAUUACAGAUGCUUUUUACUGAAAAUAUCACAAUGGAAUGCUAGCAUAGGUCUACAGUCUGCAAAGUUUUUAUAAAUAAAAGCCUUGUGGCUAAUAAACUUAAAUCUGUCUUGAUGUGGCUCUCAGAUGCACAACUGUGUGUCGCUGGCAGCCUUUUUUUAGUCUCUUCUUUCUUUUUUUUUUUUUCCUUUACUACAUUAUCUUUAUUGCCCUUUUAUUAACCUUCAAAGUGAUUCAGCUAAAUUUCUCUGUUGUUACCUACAUUACAGUGGCCUUGAAUAAAUAUUCACCCUUUUUGAAAAUUUCAACAUUUUGUUACGACCUGAAACUGAAUCUAAUUUAAUCAUGAUUAUGAGUAUAUGGCCAUUAUAAAGAAGUGAAGAGAAAACUAAAACUAAAACAACAUUUAUUGUUUUUUUCAUUAUUAUUAUUUUAAAAUUUAUUUUAUGCAAAUCAUAGCAAGAACCUAAUUAAUUAAACUAAUUUUUAUUGGAUGACGUGAGAUCCUCUAUCACUUCUAUGUUUGGCACUGAUGGCAUAAAUGUUGUAGGCUGCCCACAUUUCUAGAACUUCCCUAGUUGGGUUAAAAGAAUUUAAAAUUAAAUCAACAAAUUAAAGCAACAACAACAAUAACAACUGUACACAUCCUGUACAAAUACUAUGAGCUCCAGCUAUAGAUUUCAGACAAUAUCAUUAACAAAGCAUGUGAGAGAAGCUUCAAUGAACCAGUCCUUAAAAUUGAGUCACACUACCACAAAUUUAUGAUAUACACAAUAGCCAUAUGAAGUCAGAUAUUUAGUGGAGUCCAUUGUGUGUCAUAUGAACAUGCCAACUGAAAACACUACAAAAUGUAGGAAAGUUCAAGGGGGGUGAAUACUUAUGCAAAGGUGAAUUAAUGGUGCAUAAGGUUUUAAGUCAUAAGCCAAUGAAAAGUUUAUAACUGGUGCUUAAACUAUAUUGAAGUAAUAUAUUGAAUUCCACACACUUUGUUAAAUCCUCACCAAACUGGGAACGCCAAAAUCCCAGAAUCCUCAUCUGACAACCAAACCAACUCCAUUGACUCAUUCCACUAGUUCGAACUCCCUUACCAUCUGAUUCAGCUUUACCCGUGGCCCAUUCCAGCCUCAUUCACACAUACAUAAAUGCAUCACUGUUUCAUUCAGUACUAGGUCUGGUUUGCUCGUUCUAUCCUUCAUUGCUAAACCUUUUCAAUUGGUGAGUUUUUCAGAAUUCCAUGUAUGACCCUUGCCUUGUUUCUCCUUGUUUUGUACUGUUGAUCAUACACAUUUCUCUUAAAUCAUAUUGACCAUGAACUGAUUUUAUUUCUCAUUUUCUCAUUUUCAUAAAUAAACUCUGUUAUUUCCUCCACUAUUCUGUCAGUGUCUAUCCUACUUACUUACAUUAUUCUAUCACCCAGUGAUGAGACAGUGAAAGCAUGCACAGUAGAUAAUCCCAUAAACACACUUUAUUGAUGAGUGUGGCAUGUUUUCAUCUUAAAAUGAAACGAUUUCAAGUGCAUAAUUAAAACCCUGUAUGAAUAAUACACUCAGCUCAAACUAGUAAUAUAGCAUAUCUCAUAUAUUUCUUCUUUAACCUUUCUUAAUGUCUCUCUCAUCUUCAUCACAGGGACGUGUUUUGUUGUGAGGUUAGUAUUUCCAUGUAUAUUUCUGUGCUCCUUGUUAAGUUUUACUGUGUGCGUAUUGCAGUUCUUUAAGUUCGAUGUGAAAAUGGGUUCCCUAAAGGCCACAUAUAUGGAAAUAUUCAAGAAGGAAUUCAUUGGUAUCCAUAUAUGCAAAUGUAGUUUCACAGAUUUCAGCUAAUUAAUAUGAGCUAAUCUGACAGGGUUUCUGAGUGCGAUCAGAAAACCUAAUCUGAUGACUGAGUGUAUGCUAAGAAAUUUUUGAAGAGCAUCUUUGAGUUCUUAUAUGGGCUUAUAAAGAUAUGUUUACCAGCUUGACCUGCUCUUGGAGUUGUGUCUCAAAUCCCACACUUUGUGUACUUUUAAUGUAAGCAGUGAGUAAUGUUCACACUGGGAAACUUAGCAGACGAUCACAGAGAAACGAAGGCAGUCAUAGCUUAUUUAACAUAUAUGAAUUGAAUUAAGGAGGUGAAACCAGCAGAGGCUGCAGUGAAAUGAAAUGGUCAAAAUGGCUGACAUGCGAUAUUUAUGCGUGAUUGUUGCUGUAGAGGCUGUUCUUAUGAUCCAGUAUUGUAUGCUAACAGACAGAAAUCUUUAUGUUUAGCACAAAAUAUGGCAUUUCAUUUGUUAGUUUUUUUGUUUGUACGUUUCUUCAAAAAUCUGGAUAUCAGAUAAACAAGUGCAGAGUGUGUGAUUUGAGACAUAGCCCAGCGGUGUAUAGGCUUGUUCUUUAGCAAUAACUCCACCGUGCACACAUAUGCGAGAGAGAGAGAGAGAGAGAAAAUCUUUUGCAUUUUUUACGUAUUCAACAGUCCUGGAGAAAAUGGGAAAUAGUUUUUCUCUUUUUGAAAUGAAAAGAGGUGGUUAAAAGUACUUAGAGGAUGAAAUAGUGUCUAGUACUUUAAAUCAUACAGAUCUUAUUCCAAAAUGGCUCCUGUUCUUGUGGCUGUCUGGAUUUUAUUUUAUUUUUGGAUUAUUUUUCAACAGAAGACACAUACAGAAUGUACAGCUCACUGGUUAAAAACUAUUUUGUUAUUUUACAUGCAGUUGCAGUAUUUAUUAAUAAUUUAUUAUUCACUCAUCUCUCUGAUAGUGACAUUCACGUUUUAUGGGAUAUGUUGGACUAUAAGUUGUUCUUCCUGGUUGCCAGAUUUGAUCAUAAUGAAUAACUGAUUAUUGAUUUUGUUGUAAAUGGAAGUGAAAUUAAA